CGUCGAUUUACCGAUGUGUGUGCAGAUAGGAAGACGGAAAAACGACUUUAAAUCGGAGUUGUCUCGAGAUGGCUAUGCAUUUUCAUGGCAUCAGGCUAGUAAGCAUAUAAUUUAUCCAUUGAAUACAGACGGUCGACGAAAACAACCCUCAUCGAAUAUUCAAAACUGGAUUACAGUAAUGAGAUGCAUCCACCAAUCCAAAGAAAGGAUAGGCGGGAGUUAGGUAGCCCGGUGAGUCGCUUUGUGGACAACGACUCCCAUUGUUAGAGCGGAGAGAUAUAUAACCUGUCAGUAUAGCCAUAAUCUUUGAUAAAAGUCCAUUAACAAAGAAGUAGACCAGACCCAGCUGCUAUUGCAUUGGUGUCUAUAGGAGACACAUCUAGUUAAGUAGACCGGAACUGACCUUUUUGUAAACGGCGAGUGACCCAUCUUCAUUUAUCCACCAUCUUUGGUGUGUUCAGAAGGAUGCAGAGUAUGUAAACAAACAACAAUGGCAGCCGUAGGCCUGGUACUAUGCAGCCAGACGUUAGUUCUGCAUAGUUAUCAAGGUAUAUCAGACCCCUAUCCAUCCAUACAGAACACCUGUCGGCUCUGCGGACAAAAUCUGCUCAUCAAAGGGACAUUACAGGCAACACGGAGAAUAUUUGACAAGCCUAAAGCCUCAAAGGAAAAAAAGUUAUGUGACAGAUUCCUUGCCACCGGUUUAGUGCUAACUGAGGCACCAGGGGUGAAGUCGGGCAGAAUUUGUGCUAAGUGCUAUCGACUAUUUCUCAGGAUAGAGGAAUCUGUAAGCGUUUUAAAGAAAUGGCAAUCAGAGCAUCAGACACAGGGGACGAGCAAUAAGAGGAAGCGUGAAUUGGAACCGAGUCCGUCUGAAACAGACAGGGCUGCCAAGAAGACAUCGUCUGAACCGGAGCCGAGAACAUAUGAAACAGACAAGGGAGCCAAGAAGAAAUGUCCUCCCUAUAAAAAGGUUCCCCCGAGGAGCAGUCUUGUCGAGGUUGUCAUAACAUACCCUAACCAAUUGGAUCCAAAGCUGAAAAAGAGGGUUGAGAAAGUUUCAUCAGAAUUUUCUGGAAUGGUUGAAAACUUGGCAAAAGGCAAAUUGACGACAUUUGUCAGGUUAGCCUUGACGAAUGAAACCAUGUGUCAAGAAAUCAGAACGCAGAUGACACAGAAAAUAGAAGCAGAGGUCAAGGCGUAUGCAAGACCUUUAAAUUACUUGACUUCUGCUGAACCUUGCAUCUUGAGUAGUACCUCGUUGGAGAACAUGAAGUGUUUUUCAUACCAAGCGUUGGAUGAUGAGUUGUCCAGGAAGACACCAUGGCUUUAUACCACCAUCAAUACCGCAACAGGUGGUUCCACCAUCCACAACUGUGUGGCUGCAUCUGUGGCCCUGAGAGGUAGAAACCCCAGGCUUUCUGCRCUGGCCUAUGUCAUCAACUCAACACUGACCCAAGGUGGGGUUAAGCCCAUUUUCAAAAGACUCUCUAAGAUGGGCAUAACAACCACACACAGCAAUGUCCUAAAUAAGCAGAAAGAGAUGAAGGCAGCUGGGUACAACAUCAACAUCAAAUGCUGGAGGGAGGACUGUGAGCUGUUUUUCCAACAUAGUGUCAGCGGUGAAGUCUGCCCACGACCACCUCCUACUGCUAAACCGACAGAGGAGACCGGAAGAGAGGAAGAGGAGGAGGAGGACAGUAGUCCAGUGGAGGAUGAGUUUGAAAUAGAGCUGGACUGGGGUCCACUGGAGGAAGAGGGUGAAGGAGAUGAGGAAGAGUGGAGUCCACUGUCAGAAGAGACAGAAAGAGAUGAGGACAGAGGAUCUAUAGUGCAGGAAGAGAGUGAAGGAGAGCAGGAAGACAGGGGUUCCCUGCUAGGAGAGACAGAAAGAGAGUUAGAGGGACAUGCAUCAUCAGCACGACAAGGAAAUGACAGACAGGAAGAGGACUCUGAUUCAACAGUGGAUUCAGAGUCUGAACACUUUGGAUUAAACCUCACUUGUGAGAGUGAUUAGAGAAGUAACCUAACAAAGAGUCUGUAGAUUACAGAUCUAGGCCUAGGGGCCAAGGCUACAUCUCUGAACAACAAGGGACUAAUCAUAGGYUGCAUCCCAAAUGGCACCCUAUUCCCUAAUAUAGUGCACUACUUACCCCAUAGGGCUCUGGUCAAAAGUAGUGCACUA